CAGAACGUCUGCAGAUGGUUGUUAAAACAUCAACACAAAUUAAAACAAGUUAUUAGAGCAUGUUCAUUACAAGUUAAAGAAGCACCACAAUUGGACGAACUUCCAAAUGAACGUUACGAAAUCGAAUCUGAAGUUAGCUUCAAAUAUGAUGAUCUUACCGCGAAAUUGGCCGAUCCCGGAAGGCUUCGGAUGAAACCAGAUAUCAGCGAAUUAAAAUUUGGACACUUCUUCACCGAUCACAUGUUACAAAUACAAUAUCACGAAAAACUGGGUGGAUGGCAAAAACCAAAAAUUACUCCAUUCCAAAAUCUUCAACUGCACCCCGCUGCCAGAUGUCUUCAUUACGCCCUGGAGUUAUUUGAAGGUUCUAAGGUAUAUAGAGGAGUAGAUGGAAAAAUAAGAUGGUUCAGGCCAGAUUUAAACAUGGCAAGAAUGAACAGAUCAGCUGAGAAGAUAGGCUUACCGACUUUUAGUUCAGACGAAUUAAUAAAAUGUAUCAAAAGGUUGAUUCAAGUAGAUCAAGAAUGGGUACCUCAUAGUGAAAAGGCUAGUUUAUAUAUUAGGCCAACGUUUAUUGCAAUUGACGGUACCUUGGGUGUGGCAAGGAGCGAAUCUUCACUUCUCUACGUUAUCCUCUGCCCAGUUGGUUCUUACUGGGCGGAGGGGCAGAGGGAUGACGUAUCUCUAUUAGCUGAUCCUCAAUAUACUCGCGCAUGGCCAGGAGGAUGCGGAAGUAGUAAAUUGGGUUCGAAUUAUGCACCGACGAUUAGAGUACAAGCUGAUGCUCAAAAAAGAGGUUUGCAUCAGGUGUUAUGGUUAUAUGGUCCCGAACACUAUCUGACGGAGGUUGGAACUAUGAACAUAUUCAUGAUUUACAAGGAAACAAAUGGAGAAACGGUAAUGAUAACUCCUCCUUUAAAUGAACUUAUUCUUCCUGGAGUCAAUCGAGAUUCUAUCAUUAGAUUGGGAAGGCAAGAUAAGUCGAUACGAGUAGAAGAGAGGAUGUUCACAAUGGGAGAAGUUUCUAAUCUCCAAAAUCAGGGAAGACUUUUGGAAAUGUUCGGAGCCGGUACAGCCUGCAUAGUCACUCCCGUAUCGUCAAUAGAAUACCUAGGAAAUGUUAUUAAAAUUCCCACCAUGGAACAAUCCGAUCCUAUUUACAAAAAAUUCAGGGACUACCUCUCAGCGGUUCAAUACGGCCACAUAGAACACCCAUGGGCUAUGGUUAUAGGUUAA